UGCUGUCUCCUCCUCUCCACCUCCUCCUCCUCCACCUCCUCUUCCUUAUUUCCCCCCCUGCAUCUGCUCUCUACCACCUGCCACAGCAGCGACGCAGAGAUGGAGAGCUGCUGCAAAUUAAUGUAAGCUCACGGAAGAAGACUACAAAAGAGGGAGACAGAGAGAAAGACACACAUAAAAAGAAAGACAGAUUUAAAAAAAGGGGGGAGACACGGAGAAAGAGAGAGAAAGAAGCGGAAACACAGAAACAUAUGGUUUGUUUGAAGAGCGGCUGUUUCUGAGGACUGCUGAACCGAGGCUUAAAAAAAAAAAAAAAAAACUUAUUCAACCACCUUGAUCAACUAAAAGGCACAUUUGAAUCAUCCAUUUCAUAUUUUGUUUUUUUUUGCAACGCUUCUUUGCUUCAUCUGUGUGUGCUCUCACCUGUGCGAGGCUGUGGCUUACACCUCUGUUUGAUUAGUUUUUUUGCGGGUUGGAUUGCGGCUGUUGUACCUCCCUUAACGCGCGCACACACACACACACACACACACACACACUCACACGCACACUGAUCAUCACAAGACGCGGUGCAGCCUACAAGAGCUUCUUGCAACGAGGAAAUUGAAUUAGACAAGUUAUCCUCCACAGAAGAGGAGAUUACAAGAGUGGCUGGCUGUCGGCUUCUCCGGCUCAUCGUGUCUCCUCCAGGGCCCACCAGGAGUCUCUAAGACCACCCCCCUACACACACACACACACACACACUUCCUUUUCUCUCCUUCCCGGUAUCAAGCCAUGUCUGGACAGACUGUGACCAUCCCGGACGACCGGGCAUUUGCCAGCUUUAAGUCGGAGUGUCUGUGCGAGGAGGGCUGGAGUAUGAACUACACCAAGCGGGGUAUCACGGUGUGGAGCCAGGGACUGGAAGAGGGGAAGUCCGUCCACAAAAUUAAGUGUCAGAUGGUGUGUAAGGACGUGUCAGCUGAGACCAUGUACGACGUUCUCCAUGACAUUGAAUACAGAAGAAAAUGGGACACAAACGUCCUUGAGACCUUCGAUAUCGGGAAACUCACGGUCAAUGCGGAUGUUGGUUACUACUCAUGGAGAUGUCCACACCCUCUUCGGAACCGCGAUGUCAUCACACUCCGCUCCUGGCUGCCAAUAGGGAAAGAUUACAUCAUCAUGAACUACUCUGUCAAACAUGCUAAAUACCCUCCUAAAAAGGAUAUGGUGCGAGCUGUGUCUAUUCAGACUGGCUAUAUGAUCCAGUACCAGGGACCCAACCACUGUAUCCUCACUUACAUGGCCCAGGUAGACCCAAGAGGUUCAUUACCCAAGUGGGUCGUCAACAGGUCUUCCCACCUCUUUGCUCCUCGUGCAAUGAAGAAGAUCAAAAAAGCCUGUUUGAACUAUCCAGAGUGGAAGCAGAGACACAACCCUGGCUUGAAACCCUGGCUCUACCCUGAACAGACUACAUUACCCAGCAUCCCGCUCUCUGAGCUCAGCAUCCAGCAUGCAGAGAGUCUGGAGAAUAUUGAUGAGAGCUCCCUGGCUGAGACCCAGGAGAGAGAAGACAGCGACUAACACAAUACACGCCCAUAUAUACAUACAUACACAGUUAUGUAUUCAUACACAAACAGUAAUGCAGGGUUACAUGCAUGCCUGAUACACAUCCAUAACAUUACACACACACACAUACAUAUAUAUAUGUGUAAAUAUGUGUGUGUAUGUAUACACACACAUAUUUACAUACAUACUGUAGAUGCAGGUGCAUAUGCAGGCACAUGUAUGUAAGCAUUCAUGCACACAGACAAACUCAUACUUGACCAACUCCAUCACAUACUUGCAUACAUAAUGUAUGAACAUGUACAUGCAAAAUAGAUACACACCCACCCACUCACAAGGGGCAGCGAAACUACGUAUUUUUACAAGUCAGUGAACUAAAAUUCAUUGUAAUCAGAUGUAAAUGUGAUUUUCAUGUCAGUUCGAGGGAUAUUAAAGUUUUGUAAUCGGGACCUAUGCAGAUAAUCAUAGCAGAACAUACAGUGUUUUUAGUAAGAAUUGCUGUUCAAAUGUUAAGUGACUAACCUGACAGUGCUGGCUCAUGUAUACAGUAAGUACACAACAUUCAUUUAUGGACUUGCACAUGCACAUGUCUCUUUCUACCCAUGUUGUCCUCAUUAUGUGUCUCCAUCACAUUUUGUAAGCACAUGAUAAAUACGCAGGUGUGCAGAAGGCAGCUGGAACCCCCAACCAAACCUGCAACUCUCUCCAUAAUACACAUACACACACACACACACACACACACACACACACAUACACGUACUGUCUUGCUCCUCUAUCUGAGAGAUGUAUGAAUGUAUGUAGAGUUUAAGAAAUUAAAUACAGAUUCCUACAAAGGUUUUCAAAUUUCACCA